GAGGACAAAGGCGGCGACACCGCCUGUGUCGUCCGCCAUCUUGUUGGAAGCAAGGUGGCCUCCAGGUUUCCUGAGCGUCUUCUCCGCUUCUGCCUCGACCGUCCCUUGAUCUCAGACAUGUCUCGGGAUCGGUUCCGGAGCCGCGGCGGUGGCGGUGGCGGUUUUCACCGGCGCGGAGGAGGCGGUGGCCGUGGCGGGCUUCACGACUUCCGCUCCCCGCCUCCCGGCAUGGGCCUCAAUCAGAACCGCGGACCCAUGGGCCCCGGCCCAGUCCAGGGUGGACCGAAACCUCCCAUCCCGCCACCGCCUCCCCAUCAACAGCAGCAGCAGCCGCCGCCGCAGCAGCCACCGCCACAGCAGCCGCCGCCGCUGCAGCCGCCGCCGCUUCAGCCGCCGCCGCUUCAGCCGCCGCCGCAGCCGCAGCAGCACCCGCCGCAGCCGCUCCCGCCGCAGCCGCUCCCGCCGCAGCCGCCCCAAGACUCGGCGAAGCCUGUCGUUCCUCAGGGGCCCGGUACGGCUCCCGGGGUAGGCAGCGCCCCUCCGGCCUCCGGCUCGGCGCCGCCCGCCACUCCUCCGGCGUCUGGGGCUCCUGCAGGCCCAGGGCCCACCCCGACUCCGCCGCCCGCCGUCACCUCGGCGCCCCCCGGGCCUCCGCCGCCAGCGCAGCCGAGCAGCGGGGUUCCCACCACGCCUCCGCAGACCACAGGCCCGCCGCCUCCCUCCGCCGGAGGUCCGGGGCCCGGGCCCAAGCAGGGGCCAGGACCGGGCGGCCCUAAAGGCGGCAAGAUGCCUGGCGGGCCGAAGCCCGGCGGCGCCCCAGGCUUGAGCACGCCUGGCGGCCAUCCCAAGCCGCCGCACCGAGGCGGCGGGGAGCCCCGCGGCGGCCGGCAGCACCACCCGCCCUACCACCAGCAGCACCACCAGGGCCCCCCACCCGGCGGACCAGGCGGGCGAACCGAGGAGAAGAUCUCCGACUCGGAGGGAUUUAAAGCGAACUUGGCUCUCUUGAGGAGGCCCGGAGAGAAAACUUACACUCAGCGUUGCCGGUUGUUUGUUGGGAAUCUGCCUGCUGAUAUCACAGAAGAUGAAUUCAAAAGACUAUUUGCUAAAUAUGGAGAACCAGGAGAAGUUUUCAUCAACAAAGGCAAAGGAUUCGGUUUUAUUAAACUUGAAUCCAGAGCUUUGGCUGAAAUUGCUAAAGCUGAACUUGAUGAUACACCCAUGAGGGGUAGACAACUUCGAGUUCGUUUUGCCACACAUGCUGCAGCCCUGUCAGUCCGUAAUCUUUCACCUUACGUUUCCAAUGAACUCUUGGAAGAAGCCUUUAGCCAGUUCGGUCCUAUUGAAAGAGCAGUUGUAAUUGUGGAUGAUCGUGGAAGAUCUACAGGGAAAGGCAUUGUUGAAUUUGCUUCAAAACCAGCUGCAAGAAAAGCAUUCGAAAGAUGCAGUGAAGGUGUUUUCUUACUGACAACAACCCCUCGUCCAGUUAUUGUGGAACCACUUGAACAGUUAGAUGAUGAGGAUGGUCUUCCUGAAAAACUUGCACAGAAGAAUCCAAUGUAUCAAAAGGAAAGAGAAACCCCUCCUCGAUUUGCUCAGCAUGGCACAUUUGAAUAUGAAUAUUCCCAGCGGUGGAAGUCCCUGGAUGAAAUGGAAAAACAGCAACGAGAACAAGUUGAAAAAAACAUGAAAGAUGCAAAGGACAAAUUGGAAAGUGAAAUGGAAGAUGCCUAUCAUGAGCAUCAGGCAAAUCUUUUGCGUCAAGAUCUAAUGAGGCGCCAGGAAGAACUGAGGCGAAUGGAAGAACUUCACAAUCAAGAAAUGCAGAAACGUAAAGAAAUGCAGUUAAGGCAGGAGGAGGAGCGACGUAGAAGAGAAGAAGAGAUGAUGAUUCGUCAACGUGAAAUGGAAGAACAGAUGAGACGCCAAAGAGAGGAAAGUUAUAGCCGGAUGGGCUACAUGGAUCCAAGAGAAAGAGACAUGAGAAUGGGUGGUGGAGGAGCAAUGAACAUGGGAGAUCCCUAUGGUUCAGGAGGCCAGAAAUUCCCACCUCUAGGUGGUGGCGGUGGCAUAGGUUAUGAAGCUAAUCCUGGAGUUCCACCAGCAACCAUGAGUGGUUCCAUGAUGGGAAGCGACAUGCGUACUGAGCGCUUUGGGCAGGGAGGUGCGGGACCUGUGGGUGGACAGGGUCCUAGAGGAAUGGGGCCUGGAACUCCAGCAGGAUAUGGUAGAGGGAGAGAAGAGUAUGAAGGCCCAAACAAAAAGCCCCGAUUUUAGAUGUGAUAUCUUGGCUUUCAUUCCAGUUUGUUUUUGUCUUUUCUUGUUUAGAUACCAAUCUUUUAAAUUCUUGCAUUUUAGUAAGAAAGCUACCUUUUUAUGGAUGUUAGCAGUUUACUGACCUAAUAUUUGUAAAUGGUCUGUUUGGGCAGGUACAAUUAUGUAAUGCAGUGUUUGAAAUGGGAAUUUUUUUCUUUUUGGUUUUUUUUUUUUUAACUGUAUAAUGUCCCUCAAGUUAUGGCAGUGUACCUUGUGCCACUGAAUUUCCAAAGUGUACCAAUUUUUUUUUUUUACUGUGCUUCAAAUAAAUAGAAAAAAAAUAGUUAUAAUGUUGAUCUUCAACCUUGCCAUUCAUGCUUCUAUGCACAUUAGGCUAUACAUAUUCCACUUUGAAAGCAUGAGAGUAUUUAGACCUUCAAAUGGCAUAUGCCAUUUUUGGGAAAUAUUUGUAGGUUAAAUAUUGCUUUCCACAAAUAAGUAUCCCCCUUGUUUUAAAAAUGCAUAUUGAAGUAGUUUGAUUUAUUUGGCAUUACAGGAAGCAAGCUGGUGCUAAGUAUUUUUAAAUGGUUCUGUAAGCAAAGCUGAACUGUAAACCUUCAGGAAUGUGUAUUAAGAUUAUGGAAUGGGUGUAAGAUUAUUGAUAGGGGAGAAAGUGGGUAUAACUAAAUGGCUCUUCGAUGGCCUUUGAUCUAACCUUUCCUUCAAAGAUUUUGAAGUAGAGAAGACCAUGUUGUUGCAGUCCUUCCUCCAUCCUUGUUUUCUAAAAGAACAAGUCCCAAGCCCUAUCAAUGGCUUGUAUCCAACUUUCAUAUUUGAAUUAAAGAUUGUUAAACAUGAAGUCUUUUCAUUCAUGUAUUACUUCUAGUGAUUUCUAGAGAUGGGAGUUAAGUCUUAAAAAUUCUACUUGAAAUGGUGUUUCAGUAACCAUGAUGAAGGAGGUAUAGCUAGAAUAGAAGUUCUUGUAACUUUUGUAUCUCUUCGUGUUACUUCUGCUGGGCAAAUUUGUAGGGCCUUAAAAAUAUAUUUUUCUAAGAGGAAGUUGGGGAUUGUUAAUAGGUUGUAGAUGAGACCAUUCUCACUAUAAAUUUAACUUUUUUUAACCUGGAAAGUUUAUUUGGAGAGUUGCUCAUGCUACUCAGUACAAAUGUCCUUUUCUCCCACCAUAAAGUUUUGGAGUACUUCGAUGGUGUUGUCAGUUUGUGUCAACUUCAUUGAGGAAGCUUCCAUCAGAAUAUGAGACAUUUUGACUUAAUAUUAAAAGUAGAUUGUUAACUGUUGUCUUAGAGUAGAAACCUGCUAUUCCAGUGUAAAUACAUUAGUAGAGAAACAACAUAGUAGUAGAUACACUGAAUGUUUGGCUGUGUUCUUAGUUACACUUAAAAUCAAAUUUGUGUAUUAGUUUUCAUUAUGGAAUGGAACUUCUGCUAUGGUACUAAUUGGCAAAAAGUAAACUUCUAAAAUUAUGCUAAUAGUACUGAAGUUUAGUUUUAUGCCUGAGUAAAAAGACCUUUUGUUGAAAUCAAUUACACUUUUUUGCAUAGGAAACUGGAUAAUACUAAAAAGUAAGAUACUAGUAGAAUGGAAUAAAAGGCAUGUCACCAAAUUCCAGUUUUGUGACAGGUACAUGGUGAGCUAAUUAAGGGAGAGAAUCUCAUUUCUUCUUACCAAGGGAUUUUGAAUUAUGGAUAGCUACACUUGUAUCAAUGAGGAAUUACCAAGUCAAUUGGUGAUACAAAGGACAUUUUCUGUAUAGAAAAAAGAGUCUUGAUAAGAAAGGAGUCCAUUACAAUUUAACCAAAUUGUAUUAUAGGGACUCCAUGAAUAAGACAUGGGGUGUUCAUGGGACACCCAUAGAGGGUGAAUUUGAAUGUAUGGGGUGGGGGCUGGUGGGAGAUGGGGAAAUCUGCCUAUAAAAUUAAUGUUUCAGUUUAUUUUUCAGAUUACAUGCCUUUCUUUAUAAGGGAUGCUGGCACAGACCCCUAAAAUAAUCUUUUGGUAGCACUGUACCUUUGAAGAGUGGUGAAGGAUGCAUAAUCUCCUUACAGUUGUGGCUUUUCAUAGCCUUACUGUGGGCUGUAGAAUUGCUAAACAUUGUUUAGCAAAUAAUGUUGCUUGGUUUCAAGCUUUGACUUGAUUGAUCACUGUAAAUAGCAGUGUACCAAGGGAUGUAAGCUAUUCAAGUCUUGCAACGGACACAAAACUUUAAGCCUAAUGUGAAUUUAGGUCAGUUUUGAUAAGUUUGUUUGGGAAAGGGAUGGUAGUAUUUUUCAAGUAUUUUAGUCAUUUUUCCUUGUUUAAAGAAACCCCCAUUUCCUCCUCUUCAUUUCCUCAUAAUUUUGUGUUAAGAGGAAUACUGAUAGUUGUGUUAAACUUUUAAAGAACUGCAUUCUCUAAGAGUCUCUAGUGUAACUGUUCUAUUAGCUCACAGUAGUUAGUGAAACCACAAUCCUCUUAGAAUGCUAAGUUCUUGAAAACGUUUUAAACCUACCACUCUAUUUUAUAUCACUAACAUAAAGAGAUAGUUGGGAAGUUGUAAGGUCACACCUGUGCAGUGACACAUGGCAGAUAAAAAUUUAGAUACUUGGCUGUUCUUGGGCAAGCCACUAAGUUGUGAUGGAAUAUUUUCUGGUGUUCAUGGACUGCAAUUAUGCACUAUUAAAGUAGUGGCCUGCUACAUAACUGCGUUUAGCCAGCAUUUCUGCAGUGCGUAACUGUGAGGAACGUAGUACCGCAAAUGGCAAUGGACAUUAGGAUCCGGAUGUAGUAUUCCUGCUUGCUCCAAGAUUCUCAUUGCCGACUGCAUACAGGUAAGAAUAAUUGAUGUUGGCUGAUACGGAGUACUCACUAACUUGAAGUGGAUAAGAUUUUCAAGAAAUCACACAACAUGAGCCAGCCAAGAGGGAAGGUUAAGUUGAUGAACUGAGAAACUAUCUGGAGCAUUGUUCAGUUUUGGCUUGUGAUGGUGAUGAGGACUGAUGUUUGGAGCCUCCCGCUCUUCCUUUAAAAAAAAAGCUGCGGCUCAGUGCCUACACCACAAAUGCACUGCUCCUGGAGGAUGAGGUGACUAAAGAAAACCAGUGAGGAAGAGGACAGGAAUGAAUGAACAACCUACUUGUCAUUAUUAAUAAAACAUUUUAAAACUGUA